UAUCUACGUAACUACUUACUUAAAAAAAAUCAUAUAAAUAUAGGACACCUUUAUGAAUCCUGUAUGAAUUCAAGAUUAGAGAAAUGGAGAGACUUUUGGUUUUAGUCUCAGUGCUACUCCUCACCACAGCUGAAAGACAAGAUCUUUCAGGUAAAAUGUUCACGUUUCCAGUGGAGUCCAAUUCUCAUCAUGUGCUCCUGACUCCUGAGCUGAAUAAGAUCUUCGUCACCAUUACCGUGUGCCUGCGUACCUUCUCAGACAUCUCCAGAGCUCAGAGCCUUUUCUCACUGUCUCUUCCAUCAACAGACAACGGAUUUUUAAUUUACAAGUCGAAGCAAGGGGUGUACAUAUUAAAUAUAUUAGGUACAGAUGGCACUUUUUGGGGUUUGCAGGAUGAACUGAAUGUCUGGAAUUCGGUCUGCGCUACCUGGGACGCUAGUACCGGACUCUCCCAGCUGUGGGUCAACGGAAUCCCAAGCUCACGAAAAGGACUUAAGGCAGGAAGCUCUUUAACUGGAACUCCAAUAAUCGUGUUGGGUCAAGAGCAAGAUUCAUACGGUGGAAAGUUUGACACUGCGCAGUCGUUUGUAGGGAUGCUGACUGAUGUGCACAUGUGGGACUCUGUUCUGUCUCCGGUUCAGAUUGCGUAUUAUACAUCCGGUUGGCACUUUCAGCCAGGAAACGUUCUCAACUGGAACUCCCUAGAAUUUACUAGAAACGGGUAUAUGGUUGUUGAAAGUAAGGAAACGUCAUAUAAAGUCGGUAGUGUUUAGAGUCAAGAGCAGAUCCAUGCUAGAAGUAAGAUAUACCUUUAUUCAUUUCUCAAUGUAAAAUGUUUACCUGUGGUAUGGAAACACACCGAAGUUUUAAGCUGUAAAUGUUUACAGGAUAAUAGUGUGGGGAAUUGUUAAAGCUUUGUCUGAAAGAAUUAUCAUCACACAAUUUCUAAGAACAAAUCGGGUUUAGUCUUUGGAAUCGCUAUGACGUUAAGACAUUCAAUAAAUGUUUCAAACUGCA